AUGCUGCUCGAGGUCGGCCCCCGCCUCACCUUUGCCACGGCGUGGUCGUCCAACGCCGUCGCAAUCUGCCAGUCGGCGGGCCUCCGGUCGGUCGCGCGGGUGGAGAUGUCGCGCCGCUACCUGAUCUCCACCGCCGAGCCGCUCACGCCCGCCCUCCGCGCCGCCGUCUCGGCCGCGCUGCACGACCGCAUGACCGAGCAGGACUCGCUCGACGGCUCGACGCCGUACUCCCUCCCGCUCGAGAUGGUCCUCGGCAAGUUGCCGCCAAAGACGUUCGUCUCGGACCGCAAGCCCUACCCGUCCAAGCCCCUCUCCCUCCCCGACGGACUCACCGUCGCCGACGCACUCGGCCGACCGAUCGCGCGAUGA